AUGGUCAACCAAAGCAAUUUACAGUCUGUUGUCCAACAGCUACUCGCCCACCUCGUGCGAGAUUCGCCAUCAGUGUUGCCGUCUGCUGUCGAGUCACUCGUCCAAAACACUACUACGGCAACAAGAAGUAGUCUAAAUGCUCUCCCAUCACCUAGUCAAUCCCCAGCGUAUCGGUUGACUCUGGCGCAACGUAUACUGAGCAUGGGCUCCCAGUCGACGUAUGAGAACGUCUCAAACUUUGACUGGUAUCUUUCCGUACUGGUUGACUUGGCUCACGUCGCAAACGUAAACGUUGGUGCGGAAAUCCGUGAUCAGCUUGUUGACAUCGUCGGAAGGGUGCGAGCCACGCGACCAUACGCUGUGAAGCUGAUGUACAGUCUGAUCUGCGACGACAUCCUCUUAAGAAACGCCUCUGAAGACGGGAGUUGUUCCGAGAUUCUGUGGGCAGCUGCUUGGAUAUGCGGUGAAUAUUGCCAGGAGCUCUCCGAGCCUCAAAAUAUUUUGCCGUACCUCCUACAGCCAGGAACAAACAAACUUUCGCCUGAUUCUCUUGCAAUGUAUAUCCAAGCAGCUGUCAAGAUAUUUGGGUUCUGGGUCGAAGAUUUGGCUACACGAUGGGCCGAUGACCGCCUGCCGGAGGUCAAACAGGGCGUUGAGUCGAUUCUCACCCGUCUGAAAGAACUUGCAGGUAGUCAGCACAUUGAGGUGCAAGAACGGGCUGCAAAUGCGCUUCAAUUGUUCACGUUUAUUUCUGCUGAUCUGCAUUCGUAUCGUCCGAACAUGCAGCUCGUUUCUCCAAUGCCAACACCAGGGCCGUCUUCCGGCUUCGAGACUUCAGUGCCUUCUGACGAACCCAGGUUUCCAAAGAGCCUUUAUCUCAUCCAACCUUUGUUUAGCGCGUACGAGUUGAAUCCCGUUGCAGCGAAAGCACAAGCUAGCGUACCCGUCCCAGAGGGUCUUGAUUUGGAUGCCUGGAUUGUGUCACCACCCCGCGAAGCGCUUCCAGCUCAAGCUGAAGAUAGAGAUGAAACCAGUGCCAAGAAGAAAAAAAGGACAAAGAAAGGAAAGGAAAAAGAAGCUUCCUCUGCAACAAGAGGGAAGAAGAAAGAGCUUAUAGGCAAUGGCAAUGGAACGCUGGAGACUCUGACUCCUUUGGAAUCGGAUCAUGAAGCACCGGAGGAGAAAGAGAAGCGUAAAGCAGAGCGAUUAGCCCAGCUUCGGGACGACCCUUACUACAUCAUUGACGACAAACCUGCGAAAGUUGUAGAGGACAUCGACUUAAUACCAGUAGUUCAUCUGGAUGAUAUGCCACCUAUACCAAGUGAUACCCGGCUACCCUCACUUCGAGCAACUUCGCAGGCAUUCUCAUCACAGUCAUUUGUGAUUGAGAGAGACGGAGAGAUGCCUUUCGGCAGUGCUCUAUCGCCAUCCCAUCUAGAAACCCAAGCCACGUCACUUGCACGCCCCUCGAGUCAAUCAUCCAUCCGUUCUCGACCGACAUCGGUCCAGCAGUACGAAGUGCCCGAUGACUCUCCGAAACCACAAACACCAGAACCGAUCAAAGUCAUACGAACCAAAAAGAAGACAACCGGCAAGAAGAAGCGGACUGUCCCAGCAGAGGCCGCGUAG